AUGCAAAUGCACUCGCAAGUCCAACACGGGGGGUCAACCCUUUCCAAUAGAGAGAGCGUGAACCAGCAUGGCAGCGGGCACGUGCUCCCGAAGAUGGGGAAACUCUCAGAGUACGAUAUAUACAACCAGCUAGGCCAGGGGACGUUUGGCGUAGUGACAAAGGCAAGACAGAAAAAAACGGGCAAAUUGGUGGCGCUGAAGAAGUUCCUCGUCCCCGACAAGAAGGAGGGUUUCCCCAUAACGGCAUUCCGGGAAAUAACCAUUAUGAAGAAACUGAAAAACAUCAAUGUAUUGCAAAUUGUGGACAUGGUACACGACGAAAAUAAUGGCUCCUUUUUCUUCACGGUGUUCCCCUAUAUAUCUUCGGAUUUGAAUGGACUUUUGAACAAUCCAAGAAUUAGUUUGUCAUUAUCUCAGAUCAAAUGUAUAAUGAUUCAGAUUUUAAAAGGUAUCAACUAUGUGCAUCUAAAUGGGUACCUACAUCGAGAUAUUAAAACUGCAAAUAUUUUACUGGAUCAUUUUGGAAUUGUGAAAAUUGCCGAUUUUGGCUUGGCUAGAUUAUAUCAUGGUCCACCUCCAACUACUUCGACUUCCCCCCCAGGUGGUGGGAAAUACGAAUAUACGGGAUUGGUAGUUACUCGGUGGUAUAGGCCACCAGAAUUGUUGUUGGGAGAUCGGAAAUAUACAACUGCUGUUGAUAUGUGGGGGAUAGGUUGUGUCUUUGGUGAAUUUUUCACAAGAAAACCAAUACUUGAAGGGAAAUCGGAUAUUCAUCAAGCAGAAUUGAUUUUCAAAUUAUUAGGUUCUCCAACCCUUGAGAAUUUCCCUAAUGCUCAUUUGAUAAAUCGUAAUGGUAUCAAUUUGAAGGUCAACUUUGUUAGAUCUUUAGAAUCGACUUUUCAUGAGAUAAUUCCAUUUGAAGCAUUAGAUCUCUUAUCUGGUAUGUUAACUUUGAAUCCUCAAAAUAGAUACAAUGCAUUGAAAUGUUUGGAUUCGGAUUUUUUCAAAUUGAAACCUUUACCUUGUCAUCAUAAUGAACUAUCGAAUUUGGAGGAAUCCCAUGAAUCCGAUGUUAAGAGGUUCAAAGAUGAACUGAAACCUUUUAAUCAAAAGCAAGUGACAAUUAACACCCAACAAAGAAAUAUGAAUCAUGCACCAAAUCAAUCCUUAAAUCAUAGUAAAUAUGGUAUGGAUGGACCUUGUUAUAUGGAUAGAAUAGAUUCUAGUAAUAACCUCCAAUCUUAUUCAGAUAAUUAUCCACCGGUUGGACCAACUCGCCCUUAUAGAAGUUAUGCUAGAAGAAAUGAGUAUAUCGAUACCUUCAUUGCUGUCGAUGAGGACAGAUAUUCUAGGUAUCCCAAUCCCACAAAACCAUCGUAUGAACAAACGUUCCAGCCGUUGCAUAUUUCACAGAACUCAAAAUCGGCCAUGAAAACACAAUUACCACAUCAUCAAAUCAAUCGAAUACAGAGACAUUUAAACAAUGAUGUUUAUAGACCACAAAAAAGACCACUUGCAUUCAACCAGUAUGGACAUUCCGAAGCUUCGACUUAUGAGGAGGAGUAUCAUAGGAAACGAGUAAGACCUUGGGAGCGGGAGAGAUUGGCCGACAAUAAGGCAAGCUCAAAGGCUGGCAGCAAAGAUUUAUAUGGUUCUAAAAGCACUGAAAAUGCGGGUUUAAGCGCUUUAACCAAAGUCUUGUUACAGAAAAAGGAAAAAAAGAAAGAAAAUGGACAAGAACAUAACGGAAAUGCCAAAUCACAAAAGACAACUGAAAAAUAA